CGACCACGAUUACGGAAGCUCCGUGAGGACGUGAACUCAGCACAAGCAACGAGCCAGUAAAUAAAAGCUGCUAGUCGGCAACAACUGCAACAAUGAGAGUCAGUUUGACUAAUUACAGUCUCGAUGGUCUUUCAUACAAGUGUUUUAUGUACACAUGUUACAUUUAAUCCCGUAUUAGUAUGACGAUUCAAAAAACCACGUUCAUGAGAAGGUGCAAACUCCAAACCACGUCAACCCGUCAGUCGUGGCAGCCGUGUGUGUGUGGACACAAAGAGACCGGAGAAGACUCGAAACAUCAGGAAUCCAGGAAUCAUCCCAGAUAAUUCUGCUGCACCGUGACCUCUACGGGAGGUUGUCCUCUGAUAGGCUUUUUUAUAAAAUGGACUCGGACUGCGACCACGUUGAUCAGUCAGCCUCUGGACCUGCAGACCCGGAGUCUGAUUUGAUCCCAGUAAAUGGAGCUUCAGGAGGAGAAGAACGUCUGACUGUGGCAGCUGUGCCAAAAUCAGAGGUAGAGGAUCUUGAUUCUUACAACCUGUUUGAGCCUCCUCCCUUAGACUGGCGGUCAGACUCUUCCAGCGAAGCAGGUUCAGCAGACGAUCUGGUCGACCCCAGCCUGCUUCCCUCUGCUGACAGUCUGGAAACACCAUGUCUGAGAGAGUCAGUAUUGCUGCCUUCAGAUGAGAGAGAUAUUUUAACUUCACUUGACACAAAUCCACAGGUUCCUCUCGGAAAUGUAGCAGAGCUAGUCCAGGAUACAGAAGUGAAAUUGCAAGGAGAAGACGAAGCAGCUGAGAAAGAGGUGGAGGUGAGUGCUGAGGGUGUAGAGGAAGAUCAAGAAGAGGUGACAUUUGGAGACAUCGAGAGACGUGUUAAUGAAGAGGAAGGUGAGGUUGUUAACAGGAGAUCAGAUGAUGAAGACCACAGCCACAUCCACACCCUGCUCAGCCAGCUCCAGUUAAAGGACAACGAUUCCCAUCCUUCCACUUACAAUCACAAGUCCAGCCUGCCUGAGCAGGCAGUUCCUGGUGCCUCCGUGUUAACAGACGACAGCAGCGAAACCACUGGACUGCUGUUCUCUGAAAGCCACCACAGUGACCUGCUUGGACUAUUGCAGUGCACAGAGAUAAGCACUACACCCCGUUCCACCGGUCUGCCUCUCAGAGGGGAGGUGGAUGCUGUAGUGUCAGUGUCUUACAGCCAGAAGGAUGUUCGGAAAUACUGGGGGCUUUAUGGAAAUGGAAACAAUCCACAGUCCAACUCCCUCCCAUGUUUGCCGGAUUAUGACUACCCUGAGCCAGUAUGGCUGAAGCGUGAGGAAGAGCCUGCAGAAGAGACCGCUGCAGAAGGAAAACAGAGCACUGAAGAUCGUCCUUCUUAUAAAGAUGUGCCAGGGCCUUGUGACCCUGAAGACCUUUUGGAUGGAGUUAUAUUUGGUGCUAAAUAUCUAGGCUCCACUCAGAUCAAAUCGGAGAGAAAUCCUUCAACAAAUGCUCGCAUGACCCAGGCUCAGGAGGCUGUGGACAGAAUUAAGGCUCCUGAAGGAGAGUCUCAGCCGAUGACAGAAGUGGAUCUGUUCAUCUCCACUCAGCGGAUCAAAGUGCUCACUGCUGACACACAGGAAGCCAUGAUGGAUCACGCUCUGCAGAUGAUUUCCUACAUAGCAGACAUUGGUAACAUUGUGGUUCUGAUGGCAAGAAGGAAACAAAAAGGUCAGGAUAGUGACACAACCUCGAAAGCCUCCUCAUCAUCAUCAUCAUCCUCAGCCCCUCAAAAGAAGUGCUUAAUGAUCUGCCAUCUCUUCUCUUCGGAGGAUGCUCAGACCAUCGCCCAGGCUAUUGGGCAGGCAUUUGGAGUGGCUUACCAGCAGUUCCUCCAGACGAAUGGCAUUAAAGCCAGCGAUCUGAGGCCGGGCGAGUACAGCGACUACCUGGAAAGUCAGGAGCUUUACAACGGAGAUCUGGCUCACUUCUCUGACACUCAGAACCUCAGAGAGGUAGCCAUCACCAAGUCUCCUGGAGAGAUCUUGGGACUGGCGGUGGUGGAGUCGGGCUGGGGCUCCAUCCUGCCCACUGUGGUGGUGGCUAACCUCCUUCACGGGGGUCCGGCUGAGCGCUGUGGUGAGCUCAGCAUCGGGGACCGCAUCAUGUCUGUGAAUAGCACCAGCUUGGUGGGUCUUCCCAUCACCACCUGUCAGAACAUCAUCCGGGAGCUAAAAAGCCAAAAGUAUGUGAAGCUCAGCAUCGUCCAUUGCCCUCCAGUCACCAUGGCGAUCAUAAAGAGACCAGACCCCAAGUUCCAGCUGGGCUUCAGUGUGGAGGACGGCAUUAUCUGCAGUCUCAUGCGAGGUGGUAUUGCAGAAAGAGGGGGGAUCCGUGUUGGACAUCGCAUCAUUGAAAUCAACGGGCAGAGUGUUGUUGCAACUCCACAUGACAAGAUCAUCAACAUCCUGACCAAUGCUGUUGGAGAGAUUCACAUGAAGACAAUGCCAGCCUCAACAUAUCGACUCUUAACGGGACAAGAGCAGCCAGUGUUUCUUUGAACUUUACCUGCUACACAAGGACAUCAACACUCAUUUUUUAAGCUUAAUAAAGUGUUUGUCAAACUCAGAAAAUAUGCAAUUUGCAUUGCAGUGUGCAUUAUAAACUCAUACCACUUUUACCAUACCUUAAACUAGUUAUAUAUUUUUAAAAUGUAAACUACACUUGACUUUGAAAGCAUAAUUUAAAGGAUCAGGGACAGAUGAUAGAUAUAUUUAGAUGUUUAUAAUAUUUAAUUACUGGGUAGUAUAUAUAUAUAUAUAUAUAUAUAUAUAUAUAUAUAUAAUUUGUCAUGAACCUCAUCAAAUUGCUAGCCUCGAGCCGAGGCCUCAAGUACAUCUGAUCAUUUUUAGAGCUUUGUCUGUGCUUCCAAUGUGCCUGAAGCAAAUAAGUUUGAAUGCGUGAUAUGUUUGAACCAGAGCAAAAUAUCAGUGUGUUGUAUUGUUAUGUUCUUCCUGUCCCUCAUGUUAUCGUACAGGUCAACAAAGGUUUCAGAGAGCGCUCUGGUUUACUCAUGCAAUGUUCACUGACUGCCUGAUAUGAAGCAGAUAUGCACAAUUAAAGACGACUGCCUUUUUUGAUAGAGACGUUUAUAUUUUUAGUAUUUGUUUUGGUGAGGUCAUUCAUUAAAAGGAUGUUAUACUUCUUAA